ACUGCGGCUCGAGCACUCGCAGAGACGUGGCCCGCGCGCGCAGCGUGGGCAGAGAGCAUGCUGACACAGCAGGAGCUCGAUGGCUUGCUUCAAUUGCUCAAAGAGGCAAACAAGCCCUUCGACACCCUCGCGGGGCAGUUCUACAAACAGUUCCCAAAAUCUGAGCAGUUUCGAGCCGGAUGCGUCAUCUCCAUGCUGCUGCAGGACCAGCUCCUGACGCAGGCGCAACGGCUCGUUUCGUACUACCUCCUCUACGACAUUUACAGGAAUGACCGGGGCACUGAACGGGAGACGGCCACCAUUCCGUUCGUCCCGCUGGUGGUGGAAUUGUUAGAGACAAGCCAUGAUGCUGUGGAGCGAAAAUUCCUGCUCCAGUUCCUGUCAAAUCCACCGAAGGACCUUCACAAGAAGACUGUGAACCAGUUCGUGCAAGGCUGCGAUGGGAACAUGCCAGAUCUCCCGGAUCUCGACGCGGUACGCCGCAUCUUCCAACAGGAGGAGCUGACCAUGAAUUCAUUGGAACCUUGCUGGGCGCGACCUGUGCCACCGCUCUUGGAGCCCCUUGUGGACGAGGUCUUUUGGCUUUCACCGUCGCUGAUGAGCGAGCCGUUGUGGGAUUGGACCAUGAAGGAUGUCGCUGAAGGCUCAUCGACGGCCGCCACUGGUUCAGGAUCCCUCUUCGGAGCAGGCUCCGGCACAGGCAAGACGAAGACCAAAGCACCUGGAGACCAAAAGAGUGGAGUGCAGUUCGGUGGGGCAUCCAAGGUCGACACCAAAGGCUCGGAGGACGGAAAUGAAACAACAUCUUUCCAGGCCGCAGAUGACAAGGCAGCGGCAGACAAGGACGCGGCUGACAAGGCCGCAGGUGACAAGGCCGCAGCGGCGAAGGCCUCAGCAGAAAAGGCAGCGGCCGACAAGGCCACGGCUGACAAGGCCGCGGCAGACAAGACCGCGGCUGACAAGGCGGCGGCAGACAAGGCCCCAGCGGAGGAGAAAGCGGCAGCAGACAAGGCAGCAGCUGACAAGGCAGCGGCAGACAAGGCCGCGGCUGACGAGGCCGCAGCUGACAAGGCGGCAGCAGAGGCGAAGGCAAAGGCGGAUCAGGCAGCGGCCGAGAAGGAUCUCAAAGCCUUGGCAGCGACCGAGGUGCACAGUACCGAAACGGCAGCAGAAGCCGACGAGGCCGCAGAUGACAAGGCAGCGGCAGACAAGGACGCGGCUGACAAGGCCGCAGGUGACAAGGCCGCAGCGGCGAAGGCCUCAGCAGAAAAGGCAGCGGCCGACAAGGCCACGGCUGACAAGGCCGCGGCAGACAAGACCGCGGCUGACAAGGCGGCGGCAGACAAGGCCCCAGCGGAGGAGAAAGCGGCAGCAGACAAGGCAGCAGCUGACAAGGCAGCGGCAGACAAGGCCGCGGCUGACGAGGCCGCAGCUGACAAGGCGGCAGCAGAGGCGAAGGCAAAGGCGGAUCAGGCAGCGGCCGAGAAGGAUCUCAAAGCCUUGGCAGCGACCGUGCACAGUACCGAAACGGCAGCAGAAGCCGACGAGAUCCCCCUGGCUACCUUCGACCUCCUGCGCCCACCCAUGGCGGCGCAGGCAGCACCGGGUCCGGUGAGUCCGAACCUCCCAAGCAAUGGGAGCUUGGGACAUCCUGAUCUCUGUGGCAUAGCGCCUCUGCCGCCUCAGACGUCACCAAAAGGAGGGAAUGGUCCGGAGAGCUCGUCGAAAGCGGACACGCAUAUGACAUCCACGGCAUUGGUCCGGGAGAAGCUCCUUCGUCGUGCGCUGCUUGAUCUCGAGCACUUUGUGCAGCAGGGCGAUGUUGUACAGGCACAGGCUGCACUGGAGGACGCUCACAUCGCCGGCGCUGCCCAGGAGGAUCUGGAGGCCGGAGCUGCAGCCAUCACAAGGCUCAAGGGUCCCGAAAGCCGGAUGGAUUCUGAA